AUGUCGGAUGAAGUAAACAACACCUUAAUUAUAGUAACAAUUGGAGAGUUUUCAAUGGGGAUUUUAGGAAAUGCAUUUAUUGGACUGGUAAACUGCAUGGACUGGAUCAAGAAUAAGAAGAUGGCUUCCAUUGAUUUAAUCCUCACAAGUCUGGCCAUAUCCAGAAUUUGUCUAUUGUGUAUCAUACUAUUAGAUUUUUUUAUGUUGGUGCUGUACCCAGAUAUCUAUGCCACUGGUAAACAAAUGAGAAUCAUUGACUUCUUCUGGACACUAACCAACCACGUCAGUGUCUGGUUUGCCACCUGUCUCAGCAUUUUCUAUUUCUUCAAGAUAGCUAAUUUCUUCCAUCCUCUUUUCCUCUGGAUGAGGUGGAGGAUUGACAGGACGAUUCCUGGGAUCCUGCUGGCGUGCUCGGCCCUCUCGGUGUUUAUUAGCCUUCCUGUCACUGGGAAUUGGAGUGAUGAUUUCAGGCUUUGUGUCAAAACGAAGAGGAAAACAAACUUAACUGUGAGAUGCCGGGAAAAUGAAGCACAAUAUGCUUCCUUCAAGGUAUAUCUCAAUCUGUUAACGUUGUUCCCCUUUUCGGUGUCCCUAAUCUCAUUCCUCCUUUUGAUCCUCUCCCUGUGGGGACAUAUCAAGCAGAUGCAGCUCAAGGCCACAGGGUGCAGAGGCCCCAGCACAGAUGCCCACGUGGGAGCCAUGAAAGCCAUCAUCUCCUUCCUCCUACUUUUCAUUGUCUACUAUUUGUCGUUUUUCAUAGCCACCUCCAGUUACUUCAUGCCAGAGACUGAAUUAGCUGUAAUGAUUGGUGAGUUGGUGGCUUUAAUCUAUCCCUCAAGCCAUUCAUUUAUCUUAAUUCUGGGAAACAAUAAAUUAAGACAAGCAUCUCAAAGGGUGCUAUGUAAAGUAAUGCAUGCACUUAAAAGAAGGCAUUUCUGACAGC